GGAGUUACAAAAUGAGAGACAAUCGAAAGAAUCGGCGAAUGAAGAGAAACGAAGACAAAAGAUCCAAACGAUGAGCGAUGAAGUCGUCGACUCUAACCCUUACAGUCGUCUAAUGGCACUGAAGAGGAUGGGAAUCGUUGACAACUAUGAGAAAAUCCGUGACUUUUCGGUGGCGAUCGUAGGGAUCGGUGGCGUCGGAUCUGUGACGGCAGAGAUGCUGACCCGAUGUGGUAUCGGAAAGCUAUUGCUGUUUGAUUACGAUAAGGUGGAGUUGGCUAAUAUGAAUCGGCUAUUCUUCCAGCCCUAUCAGUCGGGUAUGUCUAAAGUGGCCGCCGCUCACAACACCCUCUCCAACAUCAACCCAGACGUACAGUUUGAGACCUAUAACUAUAACAUUACGACAAUCGAUAACUUCAAUGAUUUCUUGGAGAGAAUCAAAACUGGAGGAAUCGGCGGCAAAAACGUUGAUUUGGUUCUUAGUUGUGUCGACAACUUUGAGGCCCGAAUGGCCAUCAAUACGGCCUGUAAUGAACUCAACCAAACGUGGUUUGAGUCGGGCGUCAGUGAGAACGCUGUUUCGGGUCACAUACAGUACGUCAGGCCCGGAGAGACCGCUUGUUUUGCUUGUGCGCCGCCGUUAGUCGUCGCCUCCAAAAUCGACGAGAAAACCCUGAAGAAGGACGGCGUGUGUGCGGCCAGUCUUCCCACAACUAUGGGUAUUGUCGCCGGAUUUUUGGUCCAAAAUACGCUCAAAUAUCUGUUACAUUUCGGAACCGUAACUCAUUAUUUGGGUUACAAUGCUUUGGAGGACUUCUUCCCGACAAUGUCUAUGAAGCCGAACCCCAACUGCGACGACAGCUUUUGUAUGAAGAGACAGAAAGAGUUCAACGCUUUACCGAAGGCAGAGGUCGUGGCGGUUGUCGAAAAGGAUAUCGUUCACGAAGAGAACGAUUGGGGUAUUAGUCUUGUCGACGAGUCGGCACCUGUUGUAGAGAAUCUACAUAUCAGUUCUGGACUGAGACUGGCCUACAGUCACGGCGACAAUCAAACAGACAGCGAAGACAUUCCGGCAGUCAGUGCUGCAAACGAACAGUCAUUAGAAGAAUUAAUGAAACAAAUGAAGCAAUUGUGAAGUGAUUCGUUAAAUUUUAAUACAUGUCAUACAUUG